CAGAGGAGACUCGGGGGCCAUUUUGUGAAGAGACGGAGACUGAGCGGUUGCGACCGCGUCGUCGACCUCGAGCAGCAGUCGACUUCUCCACGUAGAACCUGGGAGUAGGAGAUUCGGAAUCGAAUCUCUUCUCUCAUCCCUCUCCUGGGCAGCAAGGCGAAACCCCAUCCCUACUCACUGGAGCUCAGCUUUGAUUUUUAACCUCCUUUCCCCACCCUUUCAGAACACACACAUUCCCAUUUCAAAACCGAUUUUAUAAAGACAUUUUAUACAUAAUGAUGCAACAUGGUGUGCACUACAGCAAAUUUACAGUGAGAUUUUUUUGAUCUUCAGCUACAGUUUUUGUCACUGUCAGCAACCUUAUCUUCAGACACCAUGGCUAGCAAUGUUACCAACAAGACAGAUCCUCGCUCCAUGAAUUCCCGUGUGUUCAUUGGGAAUCUCAACACACUUGUGGUGAAGAAAUCUGAUGUGGAGGCGAUCUUCUCGAAGUAUGGCAAAAUUGUGGGUUGCUCUGUUCAUAAGGGCUUUGCCUUCGUCCAGUAUGUUAAUGAGAGGAAUGCCCGGGCUGCUGUAGCUGGAGAGGAUGGCAGAAUGAUUGCUGGCCAGGUUUUAGAUAUUAAUCUGGCUGCAGAGCCAAAAGUGAACAGAGGAAAAGCAGGUGUGAAACGAUCUGCAGCGGAGAUGUACGGGUCAGUACCAGAACACCCUUCUCCGUCCCCUCUACUCAGCUCCUCUUUUGAUUUGGACUAUGACUUUCAACGUGAUUAUUAUGACAGGAUGUACAGUUACCCAGCACGUGUUCCUCCUCCUCCUCCUAUUGCUCGGGCCGUAGUGCCCUCGAAACGCCAGCGUGUAUCGGGAAACACCUCACGAAGGGGCAAAAGUGGCUUCAAUUCUAAGAGUGGCCAGCGGGGAUCUUCGUCCAAGUCUGGAAAGUUGAAAGGAGAUGACCUUCAGGCCAUUAAGAAGGAGCUGACCCAGAUAAAACAAAAAGUGGAUUCUUUACUGGAAAGCCUGGAGAAAAUUGAAAAGGAGCAGAGCAAACAAGCAGUGGAGAUGAAGAACGAUAAGUCCGAAGAGGAGCAGACCAGCACCUCCCUAAAGAAAGAUGAGACUAAUGUGAAGAUGGAGUCUGAGGGUGCUGCGGAUGACUCCGCUGAGGAGGGGGAUCUACUGGAUGAUGACGAUAAUGAAGAUCGGGGGGAUGACCAGCUGGAGUUGAUCAAGGAUGAUGAAAAAGAGGCUGAGGAAGGAGAGGAUGACAGAGACAGCGCCAAUGGCGAGGAUGACUCUUAAGCACAUAGUGGGGUUUAGAAGUCUUGUCUCAUUAUUUCUCUUACCUAGGCGCUUGUUUAAGAUCAGAAUUUCACCAGAUCCUCGCCCCUAGUAUCUUCAGCACAUGCUCACUGUUGUCCCCAUCUUUGCCCUUCCCUGUUCGAAUUGCCCUGCGCCUAGUACCACUUUCACUUCCUUUGACGCUCUAGUAGUUUUGUUAAGUCUUAUCCUGUAAUUUUUGCUUUUUAAUUUUGAUACCUCUUCAUGACUUAACAAUAAAAAGGUUGUAUGGUUUUUAUUAGCUGUCUCCACAAUAAUCUCGUUAUGCAGGGAGUACAGUUAUUUCCAUUUAUACAUGAUUUUAGUAGUUGCUUCCCUAACUGCAAAGGCAAUCUCAUUUAGUUGUAGCAUCUGCAAGCAGCUUUGAGUUAAGAGGUCUGUGUGUUUCCCCACAUCAAGUACUUAGUGGGGCUGUUGAACACAUGUAACAAUGUAUUUUUGUGAAUGAGAGUCAGCAUGUCAAAUGCAUCCUCUAGAAAAAUUAGUGUAAUAGUCUUUUAUUUGUUUUCUAAAGUUGAUACUGUGGGUUAUUUUUUGUGAAAGCCUGAUGUUUGGGAUCUUUUUUCUCAAAAUAAACAAGUCCUUAUUAAACCAGGAAUUUGGAGAAAAACAACCUGGUUUUUUAUUUUUGUAUAAUUGUUUACUACAAAAUCUUUGUUUUACAGCAGCCUCCACAAAACCUUCGGAAUGUUGUGUGUACUGUAUAUUUCUCUUGCAGCCAUUCAUGUUCGUUGUGCAUACUGUUACACACAAGUCAAGAUGGAUGUUGCAUUAAGUAGUAAAGUAACUUCCAUGGAGUGAAGAUCUUUCUAAUUAUGACACCCCCAGUUAACCUGUUACUGGAGUUUGACUCUGCCUCAGUCUUGUUAUAAGUAGGAAAGCCUUUUCUUUCCUUGUCUUCUGUAGUGUGUGCCUUCCCAGGUAACUGAGCAGGUGAUUGAGGGUUCCUACAUUUAUUUACAACACAGCGACUAUAUACAUACGAACUAAUCCUCUGUUGUUACCCCUCAGUUUAAUUAAUUGCAUUGAGUUUUAUGAUACUGUACCACUUAGUACUUAAAUUUCUAAGGAUGGAUAUGUUAGGUUGCUGCCAGAAUUGUGAUGCUUACCUAGUUGUUUACCUAGUUGUCCUGUGUUUAUCUUUUAGUUUUUCCAACAUAGUAGGAAAGGAACUGAUAAUUUGUGUUGUUUAUUGGUACAUUUUAGGUAUACAUAGUGAUCACAUUCAUGAUAGGAACUGAUAUUUUAAUGUAUACACAAACUUUGGAAUCCAUGUAAAGUUGCUGUUCAUAGCAUGGUGCCAAGGCACUUGUCACACCCUGCCUUCUGUGGGCAAGAGUCAUGUCUUGUUUAUGAAGAUUUGUGCACCUUUUGUGUACCGUAUGAAGCAAAAUUGAAAGAAGGAAGAACUAGAACUAUAGCUUACCCUUGGACCCCAAAUGCAUGUUGUAAAGCUAUUUUCUAAUCGAAUGUCAUCUCUGUUGAGCUUUCAGCAGGUAACCCUUGACUAGAAAAUCAACUGGAUAUGUAGAAGAAAAUUUCAGAAGCCCAGGAUGCUAAUAAAACCUGUUGAACAUUA